UCGCGAGCGACAGCGCCACAUUCCCCCUGGUGGCAUCGGUGCGCAAGGGGGUCACGCGCGCCCGAAGGAAAGCGCCGCCGGUAUUCACACCUCCCCUUCUAGCCACUCUAGCACAGCUGCCGGUGCUACCGAAACCUAACAUGUAUUUAGGAUGCUAUGCCACAACGCAUGUGGAACAAUGGCCUCACAAAUGCGAUGAGCCUAGCUGAAAGUAUCACUACCAAUACGGCAUGCCACACCCCUUCCAAGGUCAUCAGUCAGGUCGAGGUUGGCCUGCAGUGCAGCUUGCUUCUGGUUGACAAGUCUGUCGAGUGCUCCUUGAAACCAUGGGGCGUGUCGAGGAGCAUGCAGACUAUGGAGGCUGGGGAUCAGUUAAGCUCCAUCUCAGUAUCGAGGCUUUGUAUUUCUCCAUCAACAGCCAGUGGUGACAACUCGCAGCAGGGAUGCCUCCACCGAUGUCGGCUCUGUGAUUUUGAGGCUGAUGAACUGUUUCGUCUGGAAGAACAUGCCAGGGUUCACACUGGCGAGGGUCUGUUUCAAUGCCAUUUGUGCCUUCAGAGCUUCUCAAAAAGGAGCACCCUAAACAGGCACCUGUUCAUCCAUACUGGCCAGCGUCCAUUUGUGUGCCAUUUGUGCUCUCGGUGCUUCUCAUCAAGGGACACCCUGAAGGUACACCUGAGGGUCCACGCUGGUGAGCGGCCAUUUCAGUGCCCUUCAUGCCUUCAGAGAUUCUCACAGAAGUCCAAGCUGAAGGAACACCUGCGCACCCACACAGGCGAGAAGCCAUAUCAGUGCCCUUCAUGCCCUCGGAGCUUCUCGCGUAAGUCCAUCAUGAAGCUACACUUGCACACCCAUACAGGCGAGAAGCCAUAUCAGUGCCCUUCGUGCCUUCAAAGAUUCUCACAGAGGAGUGCCAUGAAGCAACACCUGAGCAUUCAUACUGAUGAGCGACCACACCGUUGCACUGUCUGCUCCAAGUCUUUUGCGCGGGCUGGUUACUUGAGCAGACAUAAGAGAAAAUAUCACCAUGAUACUGUAGAGUAGGUUAAGUUUCUCAUAGCCUAUAGAAACACAUGUGCAUUCACACUGGUCACUGACCAAACCAUUGCACCAUCUACUGCAAGUCCUUUUUGCAGGGUUAGUGCUUGAGAAUACAUAAGAAAACACAGCACCACGAUACAGUAGAGUAGGUCAACAGCCAUGUUGAACUAAUGUUUGAAUUUGGAAUCUACAGACGUGUAGCAUGCUGCAGGGUGUUCUGUUGCACCAGGUAGGACAACAGUCUCCGUAUGCUUCUUAAAGGGGCCCCGGAACACUUCUUGGGGGGUCACGAUAUCUAUUCUCAGCAUGUCAUAUAACAUAGAGCAAAAGAAAAGACAAUCGACCCACUUGAAGUCAAGUUAUGUUAUUGCUCCCCAAACUUAAAAAUACAGGUAAACCUCUAUAUAGUGAAGCCGAUAAAAUCUGCAAUUUCUUUUGUUAUAUCGAAAUUUCUUUAUAUUGUGACUGUUCAUUAUUCAAAAAGUAUUCAAUAUUCGAUUCGAUUUCUUUGUUGCACUGUUUGAUGCGAUCUCAUAAAUUUACUGUUUGUAUGCCUCUAUAAAAUAUGUGUGUUCAGUGUAAUGCAUUCUAAUGCUUAUUAAAGUAUUACACUACAGAUGUCUGAAUGAUCUGCUUUCUAAGUUUCAAAUUUUUUAAGUAUUGUUUUUUGGCACAUGUGAACUUGUUAGGCUCAUUCAUGUAUUGUUGCUUUUAGGUUCUGGUAUAUGUGGUUCAUCCUGAAGACACUUUUCAUCUUAUUCUGUUCGCACCUUUUUUUACAGAUAGGUACUUUAAGCAAUUGAUUGUUUAAUAAGUUUGCUUGCCACUGUCUGUUUUAUCAGAGCACCAAAUAAAUGCCUGUAUUCAAUA